UGGAACUUUUACAACCAAUCCGGCUGUCGUAGGGCGGGGCCACAAGAUGGCGACCCCCGUCUUUGCUCGUGCUGUGAGAGCGGCGUCAGGAGUCUUACGGCCCCUGAACAUUUUGGUGUCUUCCGCCUAUCAAAACUGUGUCAGGAAUGCCUGUCUCAGUUCUGCACUGUCCACCCAACAUUUUCGUUCUCUUCCAAUGCCAACUGUUUCCUCUGCUCCCGGACUUAGCACAUGUGUCAGAAACCUGACAUGUGGGCAUACUCCAGCAAUCCUCAACAGAGUGGCCCCCUUGCUUCCAAAUGUCCUGAAGCCACCAGUCAGAACGGUGACGUACUUCAGCUCCGGGAAGGGAAAAAGAAAGACUGUGAAAGCUGUCAUCUAUAGGUUUCUUCGACUUCAUUCCGGCCUGUGGCUGAGGAGGAAGGCUGGUUAUAAGAAAAAAUUAUGGAAAAAGACGGCUGCAAGAAAAAGGCGCUUGAGGGAAUUUGUGUUCUGCAAUAAAACCCAGAGUAAGCUUUUAGAUAAAAUGACAACGUCUUUCUGGAAGAGGCGGAACUGGUAUGCUGACGAUCCUUACCAGAAGUAUCAUGAUCGGACAAACCUGAAGGUGUAGAUCGAAAGUUGUAUGGCUGCCUACCUACUGAAUAUGUAUCUUCACGUAUAUGAUGUCUUUGCAAAACGGAGUAAGUUCAAAACUUGAUGUAAAUUGUGCCAAGUGGUAUGGAAACACACAGCUUCAACAUUAAACUUAUUAAAGUUUUAACAUUUAAUGGA